CCCUUCCCCCACUGGAUGACGCGGCCCCUCCCGGGGCAGCCGAACCUCUCUUGCCCUUCGUCCGCGAUCUUUGGCGGCCCAGGCGCCGGCAGCCCCGCGGCCUCGGAGGAGCUGCGGCCGGAGAGAGGGGCGCGGAGACUUGGCACGGACGGUUGGCCCGCGGCCCGCCAGCACAGCGCCCGCCUCCCGGGUCCCGCCCCGGCCCGGACUCGGGGACCGCCCGCGCGUCCAGUACCCUCGAGCGCAGCUUUCCAGCGCGCAGUCCGCCGGCGCCGCGUCCUCCAAAACAAGCGCCUUCCUUAUCCUUCCCGCGCAGUGGCCAAGGCGCGCGCAUCUCUCUACCGCGCAUCCGCUGCAACCAUGGCCACCUCCUCCGCGCGGCCUGCCUUCCUGGUCAUGACCGCACUGGCGCUGCUGCUGCUGCUAUGCGUGGGCCCAGGCGGCAUAAGUGGAAACAAACUCAAGUUGCUGCUUCGGAAACGAGAAGCCCCUGCUCCCACUACGCCCCCAGUGGCUGUCCAGGAGAGCAGAGCCAAGGAGUUCCUGAGCGGCCUUAGGAGGCCCAAGCGGCAGCUGUGGGACCGCUCGAGGCCGGAGGUGCAGCAGUGGUAUCAGCAAUUCCUAUACCUUGGCUUCGACGAGGCGAAAUUUGAGGAUGACAUCAGCUAUUGGCUGAACAGAAAUCGGAAUGGGCACGACUACUACGAUUACUACCAGCGCCACUACGAUGAGGACGCGGCCAUUGGCCCCCGGAGUGCCCACAGCUUCCGGCACGGAGCCAGUGUGAACUACGACGACUACUGACCGCCCCUUCGGGCAGGUUCAGGCUGUGGGCUCUGCACAGCACUCGGGCUGUGUCUGCCCUGUCUGGUCUUGGCCCAUCUUCCCUACUCGCUUUCUCUGGCCAGAAAGGAAGCAUUAACACAGAGAAUAUAAAGGCCUUUCGAGAGUCCAUGCAAGUUCCUAACACUACAUUCCAUUUAAAACUAGAAAUAAAAGCAUUUUGUUUAAAAGUC